AUGGCAACCGCUACAUAUGGCCUGCCUUCGGGCAGCCAGCAGUCAAGCUCAGACCUUUCAGAACCUCCAGAUUUCACAGAAGAAGAGAUUGCAGAGUUUACAGCCACUAUGGCUCCCCGCACUCGAUCCCAGAGCGAGAGCAAUGGCCAGGCAAAGUCGACCAGUGACUCGACGCUGCCUCUCAAACGGUCUGUCAACGAUGGACCCGCCACCAAAGAGGACGAAAAGGACGAGGUCGUUGCGGAAAUUGAGGUUGCCCCUCGAAGCAGCCGGCGCAGAGUCCCCUCAAAACGUGCUCAGGUCACAUUCGCACAACCAGCCUCGUCUGCGACACCUGCCACUAAGAGGCCAAAGACGAGUGCCAGGAAGUGGACUCCAGAAUACGUCACCCAGAGCAAGCAGUCACCACUCGUCAACAAGGAUUUGAGGGCGUUGCUGCUGCACCCCCAGGCGUGGGAUGUCCUCGGCGACGAGGACAAGAAGGAGUUACUUGCUCUCUUUCCGGACACACGACACAUCUUGAAUGCCAACACACCCGACGCUCGUCCGAACAUCAUGUCCCUGCAGAAUGACGACAACUUCCGCCACGACACAGAGGAGUAUGUGUCCAACCUCAAGGCGGGCAUGCAUGACCCCGCUUGGCUUCAGGAUGCCUGGGCGGCUCACGAGGCCCGCGCGUCCGGUCAGUUCGACGAGUAUUACAUCCGCAAACUCGAGGUUGACUGGAAGACAACGAUCCCCGACGAACUGAAGCCGGAGAACCUGCGAUCUGUUCCUGCAGCAGAGCCCAAAAAGGGAGCUGAGAGUGAGACCCAGGCGGAGAGCACUCAGGUAUCUGCGGCUGCCAAGGGAUCUGAAGUGGUGGAGAGCAAUACGGAGGCCGAUGGUGGCGACGGUGUAGAGGACGUCGUGAUGGGUUCGAGCACGGAUGGAUCCGCUGCAAGCGUCACGGAAGACCUUCAGAAGGUUUCUGUUGCUAACGUACAUGAAACCGUGGGUGGAAACCCUGACAAAGACAGCACUGCUGCAGUUGUGGACUGA